AUGGCUUCCAUCUCAAACAACCCCCUGCGCAUUGCCUCUGCAUCCGGCGCCGUGACUGACCGGCAGCAUGCCCUCGAGUCUCUUGCCAGGCAUGAGCGCAUCGACUUCAUCGUCGGCGACUGGAUGUCGGAGAUGAAUAUGACGCUGAGGGCGGCGGGCAAGGUUGAUAGCAAUGGCGAAUCUGCUCAGUUCGAGUCGCGCUUCUUGCACUCUCUGGCACCCGCCCUUGAGCAUAUCGCAGCCCGCGGCGUCAAAGUCGCUGUCAAUGCGGGCGCGAGCGAUCCCCAGAAGCUAUGCAGCGCAGUGACGGAGCUGGUUCAGUCCAAGAGCUUGGAUCUCACCGUUGCCUGGGUUGGUGGGGACGAGGUCUUGGACACCGUCCUGGCCGACGCGAAGAAUGGAGAGGAAUUCGAAAGUUUGACGACAGGUCAAAAACUAUCGGAAUGGGGAUUCGAGCCCAUCUACGCCCAGUGCUACCUCGGAGGCUGGGGCAUCGUGGAGGCACUCAAAGCAGGGGCAGACAUUGUCAUCUGCGGCCGCGUCGCCGAUGCGUCUCCCGUGAUUGCCUGCGCCGCCUAUCACUACGGGUGGUCUCGACAUGACUACCAGCAGCUCGCCCACGCUUUCGUGGCCGGCCAUCUGAUAGAGUGCUCGACGUACGCGACAGGCGGCAACUUCUCUGGCUUCAAGUCGCUGUCCGGGGACCUCUCCAACAUCGGGUUCCCCAUUGCCGAGAUUCUCCCCAGUGGCGAGUUCUUCAUCACCAAGCAGCAGGGUACGGGCGGGAUGGUUACCGUAGAUACCUGUAAGGCCCAGCUCCUGUACGAGAUCCAGGGGCCGUACUACUACCACUCGGACGUCGUGGCUGUUCUAGACGGCAUAAAGAUGGAACAAGCCGGUGUUGACAAGGUCUUCGUUUCCAACGUGGGGAGUAAACCGCCCCCUCCUACGACCAAGGUCGGCCUCACUGCCAAGGGCGGCUUUCAAGCCGAGGCACACUACUUCCUGUGCGGACUGGACAUCGAGGAAAAGGCCAAGCUUCUGGAAACACAGCUACGCUACGCUCUGCAACAAUCCAGUUUCCACUGCCUCAAGUUCCGCACCAACGGACGCUGCCCAGACGACCCCAAGAACCAAGACGCGGCGACGGUCGACUUCCGCAUCUUUGCCCAGGCGCGCGAGGAGGCAGACCUGGCGCCCCCUCGGUUCCUCGAGCCCAUCAUGAACAACAUCAUGCAGGGCUACCCAGGCGCCACAUUCGCCAUGGACGCGCGACAAGGCCUGCCGAAGCCGUACUACGAGUACUGGGUCGCCCUCCUACCACAGACGCGCAUCAAACACGUCUGCCACGUGCCGUUCAAAGGGCUUGACAUUCCCAUCGCCCCUCCAGACGACACUGAGAUCUUCAUCCAUGACCAGCCGAGCUACGAGACCUCCUCUGCUCUUGGCUUGGACUCGUUUGGGCCGACUGUGCGCGCGCCGAUUGGAUACAUCGUGCAUGCUCGGUCUGGCGACAAGGGCUCUGACUCGAACGUGGGCUUCUUCGUCCGCCACGAGGACGAGUGGGACUGGCUCAGGAGCAUUCUCACCGUUUCCAUGCUGAAGGAGCUGCUGGGAGAGGACUACGGUGGGGGUCGCAUCUUUCGCUUUGAAUUGCCAAACAUUUGGGCUGUACACUUCCUCCUCAAAGACUAUCUGGAUCGGGGCGUCGGCGCAAGUUCGACAUACGACGUUCUGGGGAAGAAUGUAGCCGAGUAUCUGAGGAGCAAGUACGUCGAUGUUCCAAAAGUAUUUCUAGAGCGUGGACGGAUAUGA